AUGGAGCUAGAAGAAAGGAAUAGAUUCUCUAGAAACUUACCAUAUUUAGUAGGAAACGUAUUUAAAAUGCUUUAUGAAUUUCCAACUUCUGCAGUUAUUUCAGAUGAUGGUUAGAAGUAUGAUGAAUAAAAUUAAUCAUAAGAAUAUUAUAUGAAAACAAUGAAAAAUUAAUAUACUUAGAUACUGAUUCAGGCAAAACUAUUCGAAAUUUUCCUUUAUUUACUAAAUUUAUUAGUCUUAUAGAUCUUAAUAAAACUAAGUAAUUGACUUAAAAAUUUUGUUAGUGAUCAAGUAUUAGUAGGUUCAGCAGACUCAAAUGUCAAAAUAGUAAAUCUUAAGAAUGGAAAAUGUUUGAAUAAUUUAGAUGGUCAUUAAGGAUUAAUUUUGUGUGGAGGCUUUAAUCCAUAAUCAACAUUAGCGUCGACAGCAUCUUAGGAUAUGAGAAUUAGGAUUUGGGAUGUUGAAUCUGGCAAAUUGAAUGUCAACUUUAAUGAGCAUUAAUAAACCCCUAAUUACAUAUCAUUUAAUGUAGAAGGAGAUAAAAUAAUAUCUUGUUCUUAUGAAAAUAAUGCACUUGUAUAAAACUUAAUUUAAAACUAUUAGAUUUGGAAUGCAGCAGAUGGAUAAUUAAUUUGUAAAUUAGCAUCACACACUUCAGGAUUAGAAGUUGCUAAAUUUGCUCCCUCUGGAUAUUUAUGUGCUACAGGAUCGCAUGAUAAGUUUUAAAAGAUUUAAUAAUUUUAGUACUGCAUAAAUUUGGGAUCUAAGAAAUCCAGCAACUCCACUCUUUAAAUUAGAAGGACAUUCAAGUUUUAUCAAAGAAUUAGCGUUUAAUAAAUAAAGUAUAAAUUUAUUUAUAAAUACUUUAGUGACUCGAAUAGUGACUGGUUCUAAUGACAAUACAGGUAGAAUCUAUGAUUUAUCAGAUGGAAAAUUUAUUGAAUCAUUAACCGAUUUUCCAGGAUAAGUUUAUGCUGUUUCUUUCAAUUAGUCUGGUGAUAAAAUUAUUGCUGCUAGUAAUUAUAAAACAGUUUAGAUUUUGUAAUUUUAUUCAUUAUGUUAGUGAUAACGAAGGAAAGUGUUUAUAAUAAAUAAAAGAUGAAGGAAAUGUUUACAUUAAUUCAAAAGGAAACACUAUCCUAACUAUGCCUAAAUCUAUUGAUAGCCAAGCUAAAAUUUGGAGAGAAGCAAGAAUCAUUAAUUGA